GGCGAAUUACUAGUACGGGCAUCUUUUUCUAGACCUCUGCCUUUUGUCGCAGUCGCCGUGCCUCCCUUCUGUGAGCACACCUUGAAGCCUGAAUACAACAUGAUAGCGACUCUACUGCCGUAAAUUUGCUGUCAUGGCACCUUCGUCCGGUGCCCCGGCCGGCCGGGCCCUUCGCAAGACCAAGAACCCUACCGCCUCAACCCAUAUACACCGAUAUGAGUCCUUCACGAAGCGCAUCUCGAGAUUGAAGAUCGACCCGGUCCACACCGUGGAAAGAAGGAAACCCUCGAAUGUGGACACAGACUUGACACAAAGCUUCUUCCGCACUGCGCUCGACGAGUGGUCAGAAUUGAACUUGUCGCAGACAUUCACCAGUUUCCUGAACAAGGUCAAUCCGCUGUCCGAGAACCUGCCUCAGCUUCUCCACCAUGCGGACACAAUCUUUGAUCUUCUGGUGCAACACAUUGAAAAGAAGGACGAACUUGCCCUGGAGCCUCUCCUGAGUCUCCUUGCACACCUCGCACAUGAUAUCGGGCAACGGUUUGAACAGUACUUUUCCCGCACGGUAGUGCUGGUUGCCGAUGUCGCCGCGACUCAUAGCAGCGCUGAAGUUAUCGAAUGGUGCUUUACAUGCCUGGCGUGGCUCUUCAAAUAUCUCUUGCGGUUACUUGUACAGGACCUGAGGCCCCUCCUCGAUAUCAUGACCCCGUAUCUUUCGGCAAAAAAAGAAUACAUUGUUCGAUUCAGCGCAGAAUCCCUGGCAUUUCUGUUGAGGAAGGCUGCCGUUCUAUACCAGAAAAGAAAAGCCCCCCUGAACCUUGCCAUCAAACAUCUUUUGAAAGGUCUGAUCCGGGACGAAGACCCAGCAAAACUCUAUUCAUAUCGAAAUGGUGUUAUGAGCCUUUGUGUUGAAAGUGCAAGAGGAUUGGACGGCCAGUUGCAUUCCAGCGCUGAAUCUCUAUUCCGCUGCUUGUUGGAUGUUGCUACGCCGUUAAGCGGGGAACCUGAGGUCCGGGCCACCGUUGAGGGUAUUGUGAUCGCGUUAGUCCACGAGACCAACAGCACUGGAUUUCAGCCCGUCUUGGAUGUUGUAAUUGACUUUGUCCGGGAACGCGGCGUAUCGAGUGACCCGAGCCAAGUUCUAUUCGCGGUUCGACUCAUCACCGUGGCUAUAGGUACAAGAAGAGGCACAAGAAUCUCUAGCUGGACGGCCCUCACGGAGGCCUUUCUCACCAUCGGGGAGAAUGCAGCUCAACGAGCCAACGACGAAACUCAAAUCAAGCAAGAGUUGAUCACUAUCUCUGCUGGGAUCUCUCAAUUUGCACCCAUGGACCAAUUGUUGCCCUUCUCGCAAAAGCUGUUAGAUUUUGUUGCGAACCAGUUCUCCAUAAGAGAAUUCUUUGCCUUUUGCACGAUUUGCGCAGAUCUGGGAAAGGAGAGAUUUACGGAUCUGGUGUUGCCCCGGCUCCAACAGUACAUCAUCAGGCAUUGGCGUGACGACGAGGUUUGCGUAUACUAUCUGCUGGAAACUCUCCGGCAGACUGACGCUAUUUCCAAUGGGCGGUCAAGUUCAGGGGCAUUAAGCUGUCCCGAGUUUGAAGCGUCGGUGCUUCAUGAACUUUCUGCCUCUACCGCUACAGACACCAAUCUGCCAGUAGAACAAUUCGCUGGCCGAGUCCAUUUGCCGGUCAACCUUCGCCAUCCUUCCGAUUUGAAGAUUGUCACCGCCCUCCUUGGUACAUACCGCUCCUUGAUCGUGGAUGCGCUCAAAGAGACCGAUGGAGAGCCGGAUAUUUGUCGUCGAGUGAUGCUGGGCUGGGGCCUUGAGACAUACCUCGAAUUUCUACCGGAGGGCGACAGUGGGAUUUCGGAACUUGUAUCGAUAGUUCUCCGGACCUCUCCGCUCCAUUUUCGACUGCCAUCGUUUCUGCACGGAAGCAUUCGUCUGCUGCGCAAGGCCAGUAAACCGACUGAAUCACAAAGGAGGAACCUGGAAAGCGUUCGUAAUGUCUUGAUCGACAAUUUGCUGAGCACGUCUUCUUCUCUGAAGGAAGGGUCUCUUGAAAUGCUUGCUUUACUCGCGGAAUCGGACAAGAAGGAGGAGCUUGCUGAAUCCACUGAUCUAAUGCUUGAAAUCCUCAGAACCCCAUACUUGCCGGCGGAAGUCAGGAAGAUUGCCAUGCUCCUCAGACGCCUUCCUCCACGGCAACAGAAGCUUGUUUCGGACGCAUCUUAUCAGAACAUGACGCCCUUCUUUUGUCUGGGGUUGCUAUCUCAUUACCAUGACCAAACGAGAAAGGAGGUGUGCAAUGUGUUGGCUCAAAUGACGGACCCAGCUUCAGUGGAAGAGUUCAUCAUAAAUGUUGCUAUCCAAUGGUUACGGACACCCUCCUCCGUUGACCAUGCCGAUGGGGCGAAGCCUGAACAGCCAAUACAAAGGUCAUCUGCCUUCGAUUGCACGAAUCUCAUGCACAUGGAUGCUCUGUCUACGAAGCAGCUUCAACAAUUCCACCAGGCCAAAGAUCAACUUCGCGGAGUGGUCGAGCGUGCCCACCAAAUGGAGAAUGUAAGAACACCCGCCAAUGGACGGACACUAGCACUUCAGCUCUUGUCGGCAAUUCCAGCCUCCGCCGAGCGCCGGUCUCGUUUGUUGGUGCCCAUAUUCCUUGCAGCCCCGAUGAACCGGGGGCAGCAGCAGCAGCAAAAGCCUAGUUCAGAUUCUUCUACAUCGUCACAUACCUUGAGCCCAGAUGUGGAUGAUUCUGAAUGGACUCUGCCUGAACGGAAAGCAUUGCUCACGCUUUUUGGCAAAUUCAUCAACCCCCGUGUACUUUUCAGGUCAGGUGAACUUCGCGACAAACUGGUGGAUUUACUAAGCAACGGCAAUGCUGAGAUUCGAAAGCUCGCCCUUCAAGCUGUUUUGACAUGGAAAGAUCCAGCUUUAGUCCGUCUCGAGAAAACUCUUCUGGACGUGGCCGAAGACAAAAUAUCGACCACAGACUUGGGCGCUUUACUAAGCGCUGAGGAAGACCAAAGCACCAUAAGUCCGGAUGAUCGCGACACUGUUUUUCCGAUUCUACUGAGGCUUGUUUUUGGUCUAAUUGUCGGCCGAGCAGGCACGGUGGGUUCGCAGGAAGCGCGGCGGAAAUCCAUACUGCGCACACUCUUCCGAAUGAGAGAAAGCGAGGUUGCGACCUUUCUCGACAUCGCUUUGGGAAAAUUGAAGGAGGUGAAAAUAGCUGGCUCCGGCAUCGACCAUAUUGGCGCCGAUAGCCAUUUCGUUCCAGAGGAUCAGCAAUAUGGAUUCCUGCGGCUAUUGUUAUCAAUGCUGGAGACAUUACAAAGUCGGUUUGCCCCAUAUGGCCCUCAGGUUGUCGAUGCAGUGGUCUUUUGCCUUGUCAGGGCCUCGCGCCAAGGCCCUCCUGGUGCGCCAGCAUCUGCCCCGUCGUCCAGUCUAGCCCGAAGCAUCAGGCGCACGGCUUUCCAGUGCCUAGUUUUACUAUUUGAGCAUUGUGAGAGUAUCGACUGGCCGUCAUACCUGCCCGUGCUGUUCUCCAAUGCAAUCAGUCCUAGACUCGAAACUUUUGCCUCCGAAGCAAACCAGGGAAUAUCAGGGUUGCUGCGACUCUUUGCCUCCUGGGUGCAUUCCAAUGACCAGAUCGGUUAUCUCAGGGCAUACGAUGACAGGGUUCCCAGUACUCUCUGGCAAUGUUUGACCACACCAUCUGCGCAAAAUGAGACGAAAACCUUCAUUCUGCAAGAGAUCGUGGUUCCUUGGGUAACCAUGGCUGAUGACCAGUCCAUCAGCCCAAACAAAGCUGCAGAAGUGCUGCAGGAAGAGGCCAAUGGGUUGCUAAAGGCUCUUACGGUCAUAUUGGAACGGACGCCGUCCAAGGAGAUCCUCAGCGCCGUCACAACUAUUCUGCCCAAGCUUGCGCCUUUCGCAACGUCUUCCGAGUCUCGGCAAUCUGCCAUCAGCCUUCUCAUCACCCUACUGGCUGACGCAAACCGCAAGGUGCCUCCGAACGUCAAAGGUCAACUACUAGCGUCGAUUCAUAGCUUUGUCGAAACCAGCGGCGAUCUGAUUGACGAAAAAUCUCACAAAGAUUUGUAUGAAUUGGCUUCAUCCUUGUUCAACUAUUUCAAGGAUGAGUCAAAUCGCCAAGUCCUUUGUCAGAUCCUUGAUUGUCUAUCACGGUCGAACCCUUCACUGGAGCAGGCCGCUCGAUUUUGCCAUGCUUUGAACGCAAUCUCUACGGAACGGCUCGAAGAGAUUGACUAUGAUAGGCGUCUACAAGCCUUCGGGGAAAUAAAUGCACUGGAGGUCGGCGAGCAGAAUAAGGCCAUAUGGCGCCCAAUCGUCUUCAACUUGCUAUUUUUCGUCCGGACUAUGGAGGAUUUUUCCAUCAGGUCCAACGCAUUAAGCAGCCUGAAGCAGUUCAUCGUCAAAGCAGCCGAAUCAGGCUGUUCCGAUUUGGAAGACCUAACCAGAACGGCAAUCCUUCCAGUGGUUAAAAAGAACAUCACACAUGAGUCCGAGCUUAUACGGGCCGACUUUGUCUCGCUGUUUGGGCUUCUGGUACAAUAUGUUCGGGACGAUCCAGACCUCGAAAACCUGCGCCCUCUUCUUGUCGGCGGUGACGAGGAGGCAUCGUUCUUCUCGAACAUACUUCACAUUCAGCAACAUCGUCGUGUACGGGCAAUCCGACGACUUGUCUCCGAGGUUGAGAAGGGUGCAAUCAAUGCGCAGAACAACGCAGAUAUCUUCAUCCCUUUGCUGGAGAUGUUUGUGUAUGACCCCAGCACGGAUGAGUCUGCCCAAACCACCAAAGGACAGAGCAUAGCAGCCAUGGCUACUCUGCUCCAGUGGAUCAACUGGAAGCACUUCAAAACGUUGUUCCGACGGUACCGAAAUGACAUCGACAAGACCGACAGCGCACAGAAACCUGCUAGCCGGCUUCUAUCACAUGCUGCAGAUGCUCUUUUAGUCGCCAAAGCGCAGCAAUCUGGCAUACCUGACGAGAAUGGCGAAAAGGCGGUCCCUUACCUGGCCAGAUCGAUUCGAGAUAAAGAUGUCGUGGAGAAUGAGCUUCGGACUCAUUUCAUACCCAAACUCGCGGAGUUGGUCCAUUACAAAGACGAGACAGAGAUCAGCUUCCGAAUUCCUAUCGCGGUGACCACGAUCAAACUCAUCAAAAUGCUUCCGCAAGAAGAGGUUCAACUUCUUGCUGCUCCUAUCAUGCUCGAUAUCGCGCAAAUCCUGAAGAGUCGCACUCAAGAAUCGCGUGACGUUGCACGCCGUGCUCUUUGCGAAAUCGUCACACUCUUGGGCCCGUCGAGUCUUCAAUUCGUGCUGAAGGAGAUUCGUUCCACGCUCACCAGAGGAUAUCAACUGCAUGUGGUGUCUUACACACUACACUCCAUAUUGGUGGCGAUCACUCCUCACAUUGAGCUUGGCGAUCUCGAUUACUGCCUUGAUGAUCUUGUUCUGGUGGUAAUGGACGAUAUCUUUGGCGCUGUCGGUCAGGAAAAGGAAAACCAAGACUACAUCAGCAGCAUGAAAGAGGUCAAAAGCAGCAAAAGCUACGACUCCAUGGAAUUGCUUGCUCGGUCUACAAGUGUCGGCGCGCUUAUGAAGCUCGUCGCCCCCAUACAAACCAUUUUGUCUGGGACGCUCACUUCGAAGCAAGUGAGACAGGUGGACGAGCUUUUGCGAAGGAUCGGGAUAGGUCUAUCGCAGAACCCUGCGACAAGCAAGCGAGAUUUAUUGGUUUUUGCGUAUCAUUUGAUCCAGUCAUUGUACCGACAGAAACAAAAUGAUACGACUGCCGAGAAGUCCCUCACGCUUGAAGAAAGGAGUCGCCAGCGGUAUCUUAUUCAACUGAGCUCGGCCCACAAGACCAGCAGUGGUCAGACGUCGCCCCUGUUGUAUAAGCUGGCUCGCUUUGCUUUGGAUCUGGUGAGAUCGACACUCCAGAAGCAUGACGAUGUUCUCACUCCCGAAAACGUUCAUGGGUUUCUCCCCAUCAUCGGCGAUGCCAUUAUUGAAGGCCAGGAAGACGUCAAGAUUUCUGCUUUGCGCUUGCUAUCAGCCAUCAUCAAACUUCCCAUGACCGAGCUGGACGAAAAUGCGCCUCUGUAUGUCAGCGAAGCUGUCAAACUGGUGAAGAAUUCGACAAAUACCAACGAGGAGGCGGCUCAAGCCGCGCUUAAACUUGUGGCUGCAGUACUUCGUGAACGGAAGAGUGUCAAGAUUAGAGACUCGGAUAUAGCAGACCUGUUGCAUCGCAUUACCCCGGAUAUUGAAGAGCCUGAUAGGCAAGGUGUUACUUUCAACUUCAUCCGGGCCGUCAUGGCUCGAAAGAUUCAAUUACCGGAACUGUACGAGCUCGUGGACAAAAUUGGUAUCAUGAUGGUGACGAAUCAAACCAAAAGCGCGCGCGAUGUGGCCCGGGGUGUUUAUGUCCAUUUCUUGCUCGAGUACCCGCAGAGCUCAACGAGGUGGACCAAACAGCAGAAAUUCUUGAUGAAGAACCUCGAGUACGCUUAUCCCGAAGGCAGACAAUCCGUCAUGGAAGCCAUCAAUACUUUGGUCGCCAAGGUCAAGGGAGAGCCAGCCCAGGACUUGAUCUCCACCUUUUACAUUCCCAUCAUGCUUCGGAUGGCCAACGAUGACAACAAAGGCUGUCGGGAACUUGCCGGGGUGUUGCUCGGCCAGCUGUUCCGCUCAGCUGAUAGAAGCCAUCUUCGAGGCCUUUUGGAGCCCCUGCAAACAUGGUCGGAACAGGAAGACAACCAAGCACUACAAAAGAUAAGCCUGCAAGCAUACAGUAUUCUUCUAAGCACGGGAGCAGCUCUAGAUCAAGAAGAAAUUGCCCAUAUUCGCGAUCGUCUAGCCAAGAUCCUCCAAACGCCAGUCGCGGAAGAUGGUGACGACUGGGAGAUUCUGUUUCAAGGAUUAUUGCUGUUGGCGAGAUUUGUCGAGGCUCAUCCUGACAUGGUCUUGACCCAGAAGCAAGCUCGGCUGUGGUCUUUUGUCUGGAAAUUGUUGAACCAUCCCAACGUCUGGGUUCAGAGUACUUGUACAAGCUUGAUCCAGGAGUUCUUCCGACAUUGUGCUUCUUCGGACCAGACAAAACUUCCGCUAACUUGCGACCAUGGGCUUCGAUUGGGCAAAGAGGAAUUCCUCGCGAUUUUGAAGGCCAGUGUUCGAACGCUCAGACGGACACAGGGCAAUGAGGAUCUCAGCAUGAACACCGUUCAGAACCUGGUGUUUAUGGCUCAAUGUCUGGAUGUCAAUGGACUGACGAUGGAAGUUGCCGACAAGGACGACAACACUGCCCGAGAAACUGGCGCACAAUCCGACACUGACUCGGACGAGGAGGAGGAAGAAACGAAAACCAAGCAAAUUCCCGCGAUACACUAUCUCCUGGAUCAAAUGGCACGCAUUUUGCGGGUCGAAACGUCUCGUCUCACCUCUGCCGCCUUGACGCCCAAGAUAUCCGCCCUGGUCUUCUUGUCGACCGUUAUCCCUGCGCUUUCCAUGGAAAGUCUGGCUGGACAGAGAGUCCACCACAUUCUCCUCCCCCUGCAACACCUUACAGAUCCCAACACUAUUCAGCCUCGUUCGGCAGACCCAACGUUCCCAACAACUUACGCCCGAUUGAUCGAGAUGGCGCACGAGGUGGUGGAUAAACUACAGACCAAGCUCGGAGAUACCGAGUACGUCAAAGUGCUGACGGAAGUGAGUAAGAUGAUGCGCCAGAGGAGAGAAGAGCGGCGAAGUAAGAGGAGAAUCGAACGGGUGGCCGACCCAGAAAAAGCCGCGAGAGACAAGCGCCGCAAGGGUGAGCGGAAGAAACAGCGUACACGGGAAAUUGGCCAAGCACAUCGGAACAGACGACGGGAAUUGGGGUUGUAGGACGCACUGUAGGUGCUGCGAUAUGGCAUGAGGCGUGCGGUUGUCAGAUAGGGAUGGUUUGUCCUACCACUUUGCUCUAUUUUGGUUUUGAAGCAUAGCAUGGCCCCGGCGCUGAUUGUGGAUUGAUCUUGACAGAAUGGUCCUGUCUAAUAGAGAUAUGAUAUACAAUCAUGAGAGUCUUUGUGGUUGAUCAACUUUUGUGUCCUUAUUGCUCAUGUCACGGAUGCCCCUUGGAUUUGGGAAGCCCGACGAGUAAGGGGUGGUGUCUGCUGGUCAGAAUUGACAGCCUUGUGGCCCCAAUCUACACCAAGUACUAGAAUCUUGCAGCCCUACGACAGCGGUCUGGAAAGCCCCUGUGACUUACAUGUAGCCUUGUCUUACGCAGCCAUGCCACUGCAGCUUCAUUUUCAACAUCACCC